UCAAAAGUGGAUGUCAAAAGGGGUUUUCUUCCUUGCACUGGGAUCACUGUAUACAGAUACAUUUGGCACAUUUACCAUAUCCAAGACUUAUCUAUAUCCUUCUUCCCUCUCCCCAUCAGAAAAGCUACAAAGACACUGCUUUACAUCAUCAGUGGCCUGAGUAUGUUCAGCAGAAGAGGCUAUAUCCCAGAAGAUGAGGACGGAAGUUAUAGAAGGCAACAACACCAAACCUAGUGCUCCUCUUCUGGCCCAACGGUACCCAAGAAUGGUCACUAAAGAUGGGCACAGCACACUCCAGAUGGAUGGUGCCCAAGGAAAAGGUCUUGCAUACCUAAAAGAUGCUUGGGGAAUCUUAAUGGAUAUGCGUUGGAGAUGGAUGAUGCUGGUAUUUUCGGCUUCUUUUGUACUUCACUGGCUUGUGUUUGCCGUCCUCUGGUACCUACUAGCUGAAAUGAAUGGAGAUCUGGAGAUUGACCAUGAUUCUCCACCUGAAAACCACACAAUUUGUGUAAAGUACAUCACUAGCUUUACAGCUGCUUUUUCGUUUUCACUGGAGACACAACUUACUAUUGGUUACGGCACGAUGUUCCCAAGUGGAGACUGUCCAAGUGCAAUUGCUCUACUUGCUAUACAAAUGGUCCUGGGUCUCAUGCUGGAAGCAUUCAUCACAGGUGCAUUUGUAGCAAAAAUUGCUCGUCCAAAGAAUCGAGCUCUCUCCAUCCGAUUCACUUACUCUGCAGUAGUGACACACAGAGAAGGAAAACCAUACCUAAUGUUCCAAGUGGCCAAUACUCGUCCAAGCCCACUCACUAGUGUUCGAAUUUCUGCAGUUCUUUAUGAAGAACGAGAUAAUGGACAGCUUUACCAAACUAGUGUGGAUUUCCAUCUCGACAGCAUCACUUCAGAAGAGUGCCCUUUCUUUAUUUUUCCCUUAACCUAUUACCAUUCUAUAACUCCAUCAAGCCCUUUAGCAAUUCUCCUGCAAAGGGAGGCACACCAUCAUUUUGAACUAGUAGUCUUCCUUUCAGCCACACAAGAGGGCACAGGAGAAACAUGCCAAAGGAGGACAUCCUAUCUUCCAUCUGAGAUUAUAUUACAUCACCACUUUGCCUCUAUGUUGGUUCGAGGUGCCAAAGGGGAAUAUCAGAUAAAGAUGGAGAAUUUUGACAAGACUAUCCCAGAACUUCCAGCAGUGGACUCCAAAAGUUCAAAGAGGACUGAUAUGGAGAUACGCAUUAAUGGACAGCACAUUGACAACUUCCAGAUUUGUGAGACCCGUCUGACUGAAUAGACUGAAUGUGAUGCCAGAUUUUUUUAUUUAAAAAAAGGAUUAGACAAUCACGUCUUCACUUUCCUCCCCAUUUUCUUGUGCUCUUUUUGUACUCUACCUUUGACUUUAGAACAGUGUGCAGAACAAAGAGCAAAGGAUCUACACAAUUGGAGGAAACGCUGGAUUAACUGCACAAAAACUGAGUCAGGGACAAGAAACACUGCACAGAUUCUGGGAAAACAGAAGUGCUACCUGCUGAAUUCACCAGACUAUGAUUAAAACUGCACUGACCCUGAAAAAAAGAUCCAGACAGCUUGUCAAAAAUCUAACUACAUGACACAAGGGUAAAUACUGUGACAAAAUGGACAUAGAUAUAGUAAGUUAACUUAACUAAAAAGAAUCUUCUUCUGAAAAGCCGAAGAUCUCUCAAAUUCCUUGAAUCAGCCCUCUCUUGUUAUUUGGUUACAAGAGAAUAUGCUGAUGUCUAAACAUAUUAAGAAGAAUGUUGCUAGUAUUUUCUGUGGCAGUGAAACUGCAAUCCUGCUGUGCUUGUUUAUUAAGGAAAAUCACAAGCAUUUGCUGAAGCUCUUUGUUCCAGCAGCUAAGAACAAGUACAACAUCCUUAGGCAGUUUUAUGUUGAAAGUAAAUUACAAGAAUCUUGACAUGUAGUAAAGACUCUUUCUACAUUGGGACUAUUUUCACACUUAAAACAUGCAAUAAACCUAGCAGACAUGAGGACUCCAACUAUUUGCAUUCACAAUUCUCCUAUCAAGAAUAAUCAACACCUCAUGUAUCUGUCUCGUAGCAAACCGAAGCCUGAAUAGUCCUGUCAUCAGAAAUAUUCAUUGCUUCCUAUAUCUAAUCCAGUUCUUUUCCAACAUAUAUGCUCUGUCCAUACAAUAGAGUUAAACAUUUGACUUUUUUAAAAUAACUGUACAAACAUGAAAUAUAAUUAUGAGAAUUUGAACAUAAGGCGCUAUACCAACCAUGAAUCAUAAUUAUUACCAGAACUACUGGUGGUUGUUUGUUUUUGAUUAAACUGAACAGUUUGCAAAUGGUCCACCUAAAGGGCCACUUUUACGGUUUCUAAACAUUUUUUCGGCUAGACAGAUAUUAGUAACUACACUGUACUCAAAAGCAAGAAAAACUACAGAGCAUCAUGAAAACUACUAAAUAUUUUUUACGUUAAAAGAUAAUUAACAGGCUCUUCCCAGAAAACAUGGCACAGGUAUCACUAUGCUCACUUUCAAAUGGCCAUUUAGUUAGUGGCUUCUUGUGAAGAGCCUGAUAUCUAGUUCUUGAACAUGGAUAAAGAUAUUUAUAUGUAUAUACUAGUGUUGCUGUUGAGAUUUGUUAUCAAAUCAUAGAGUAUUUUCUAAGAAACCAUCUCUCACUUUUCUAAAUCUAUGAAAUGGUUUUGAAGCCAACAGUAAAGAUUUUGAUAUUGUGGUAAACUGAGAACAUGACAGGGCUCUGGUCAACCAGCUGGUCACAAUGGUACCAGCUGCCAACUCAUAGCUGCUACAACAUCUUAAGGCAACUAAAAAAAAAACCCCAGUAUUUUAUUAAUGUUACUAAUACUGAUGUUCUGUGUAAGCAACUACUAGAUUAGUCAGCACAUACUAAGAUUAAAGGAAGUAACUUUUGCAACAGAAGUGAGCAAGGAAUCAUGACAACCUGUGUGGUAGAAAAUGUUUAUUUCUGGAACAUAGGUAUGCCAUAGCACUAGACCCUUAUGUUCUCUUACAGGGAUUUGAAAUUAUUUAUUCCCUUGUCUGUGCUGAAGCUUUAAUCUUUUCAUUCACAGUGUACUGUACAUGGCUUAGCCCAAUGCAGAGACCGAAUAGCUUUAUCAAUCACCACCCUGAAUUAAUAUACAUUAAAAUGUAUGUGUACUCACUUUAUUCUUUGUCCAUCAUGGUCAAUUUAAAGAUUUUACUGCCUUAUCAGCCUCUAAAAGUACAGACUUUAACCUAUAGAGCCUACUUCUCAAAUUACAAGCAAUCCAGAAUAUUUCUUUAAAUUUUAGUGGAAGCUCCCACUUUUUAACAUAUGCAAUGGAUACAACAAAACUAGUACAACAUUUCACUCAGGAACUGAAUAGUACAGCCAGGAGAUGACCUGCAUUCACAUAUUCCUGUAAGCCUAAAACUGUAUAUGCAGUAUAAUCAGAAAAGCUGUAUUGCUGCGUUUGUCUUUUCAGAUCAAGUUAUCAAUUUGCAGGAUCUAACUGUACUAGUAAUUCCACAGAAGCAUGUCUAUAAAGGUCCAGAAGCAGUAAGAAAUCACAUGCUUUAAAGCGCAUUACAUGUUGCAAGGACAAACGGCUUAGUCAGAUAACAUCAGCACUAAGGUCUGUGCUAGAAAUAGUCCAACAGUAAGAAGCUGUUCCAGCCAAUUUCAAUACAAAAUGCGAAUGUUUUAACACUAACACUAACGUUAUUAUCAUUAACUGUGUUCGUUUCAUUUCUAGUGCAUGCACUGCAGAGCACUUCAAACAGUACCUUAUACUCUGGAAAGGGUCAAUAUAACUCAGAGUGAACUUGAUGAGACAUCAUUAUUUACUCAGUUCACUAUUGUUACUUAAGGAACAAGACUUCAAAAACAAUUCUUACAUGAUGCAAUCAUUAGGUAUUUUUGUAGGGAUGUGGAAAGUGCUGGUUCAAAUCCCAGCUUAGCUUUAAAGCUUCACUGGGCAGCCACAACACUUGGCUUUAGAUACUGUAUUAUGAUUUUGUAAAAUAACCUACUUUAAAAGAUUGUCAGGAAAAAAUGAGAAAACAAACUUUAAAGCAUGUUUCUACAUUGAAGUGUAUUAUUCAAAAGAUUCAAAUUUAUUAACUCUGAAGUAUAUGGCAUGACUGCACCCGGGUGCUGUAGUAGAUAAGAGUGUGAGAUGAAGACUGACGAAACUUGAGUUCAUAUAUCCCUAUUUGGAAAUUCACUGGAGAGUGGCAAUGCUAAAAUACUCCUUAAAAAUCACACAUACUAUGAAAAUUGAUUAGGGCCACCGCAAGUCAGAUGGGACUUGGCAGCAUAUAACAUACGGUAUGAACAUUUCUAUGCUGAAAUACACCAAGCAACAUAGAAGGCACAAGAAGUUGAUGAACAAAACAGCAGCAAAAAUAAAUAAGUUGGAUGCUUUAAAAGGGAUACAAGUGGCAUUAAAAAAGAUUUAAAGUACUGGUCACCAUAGAAAUCUGGCACCACUGCAAAAUGCAGGGUUUAUAUUUGGAAAAAAAACUCCUUACAGAGAAGGGUAAGCUAAAGUUAUGCACUCAAAUCCUAUUGACUUUCAUUAGAAAUGGGUUCUUAGUUGCUGCCACCACCUUUAAAAUCUCUCAGAAAAGCCUAAAACCCGAGAAGCCCAGUAAAACUCAGUGGGACCUCUAGAAGUAUGCUCUGACACUGAAGGACUUACAAGAAAUUCCCUGUAUAGGAUGAACAAGUACAAUCCCCCCUCUAUCUUUUUUUUGGGGGGGGGGUAGAAAGAUACAGUAUAACAAACAGCACUAAGAAGCAGAACUGUAGACUGCAUGCAUGUGGUGAACACUGCAUCCUAUUAAAAUGUAUGCUACUCUUCUAGUCUGGUAAGAUAUUAAUUAUGCCAUACACAGAAG